AAAAAUCUAUACUGGCCAGAGACCAAAGUACUGGGAAAUGUAAUUGAGGCGAAUGAAAUGCGCAGCCCCAUAGGUGGUGUGGCUGAUGCCCUUUGAACUAGGGAGGCUGGGCCAAGAGGCCACCGAGGGCCUGGGGGAAAACAGAGCUUAUCUGCAAGAACAACGGGGCGGGACUGAGCUUGAGCAGCCAUCUGCAAACCUCCCGGGGCGGUGAGCAGGCGCCUCAGAGAAAAGGCUGCACGGCUGCACCAGGGCAAGCAGGAAACUGUUUUUUGCCACUGAGAAAUCCCUUGGAGGUCCACAGCCCAAGACCCGUCCUGUCUCACGCUCUCCCCCACCUACAGGAGCAUCGGGAGGCAGCUUGGUGUGGACCUGGCCACCAAGCCAAGACAGUCAUCACAGAAGAGUGCCGAGUCAGCACUGUGGGCAUGAAUCGCAAUGAUGCAGACCCCUCCGGCUCCCUCUUCGGCCACAGGGGCUCCCUGCUGCCCUCCUCCUCCUCACUCUACUCCAAAAGGAAGAACUCUGGAGACAGCUACCUUGAAGGAGACCCCACCACUGCUGCCAGGGGUCCCUGCACCAGUCCCAUGUCCUGUACAGUCACCUCUACACCUGCACUGAAGACUCCAGCCCCCAGCCCCAAGAGAAAUGGGGCCUCACUGGAAGGGAACAGACGUGCAACGAUGACAACGAGCCCCUCUCUGGACAAGCAGGACAACCGGCGGCCACGGAGCAGGAACCCGUCCACCUGGACGGUGGAGGAUGUGGUGUGGUUCGUCAAAGACGCCGACCCGCAGGCUCUGGGGCCACACGUGGAGCUCUUCAGAAAGCAUGAGAUUGACGGCCACGCCCUCUUGCUGCUGAAGAGUGACAUGAUCAUGAAGUACUUGGGCCUGAAGCUGGGGCCUGCCCUCAAACUCUGCUACCACAUCGACAAGCUGAAGCAAGCCAAGUUCUGAAGACGGAACCAGACCCCAACACCACAGAGCUCAAGUGGCUCCUCCGCCUUACUGACAGCCAGCAGCACCAUGAAAUGGGGGUCUCCUCUUCCCACUGGCAGGCACAGUGACUUGAUAUUUUUUUUUAAUAAAACAUAUGCAUCUUCACCUUAAACACACACACACACACACACACACACACAGAGCUGCUUUCGGAAGGCCCAGGUGUGUUUAUGACUUAUCAAGAAAUGACAAAGACCCCGUUAGUAGAGGGGGUAUUUGUAUAAUGAGAGAGCAGAGGACUCACUUGUCCCAGAAGAAUCCCCUGAGGUUCAAAGGUCAUGAAAAGCUCACUAGUCCCUGCAGGUGUCAGAUGUGCCUGCUCCUCCCACCUCCUACCUCUGCUCUGAUCUGGAGAUCUAUCUGUAUGAGCCUGGUUUAAUUCUGUUUUGGGAGUCUUCUGAGGAUAACCACGACCCACAUUGCUCUUCACAGUUAUCAGAAGUACUGGACUGCCCCACCAGAGGGCACACUGCUGGUGAACUGGGACUUGGGGGCUGGCUGGGUGGGUCGGGAGAAGUGGCGCCCUCACAUAUAGACCCUGACUCAGUGCCGCAGAUUGCAGCUUGGGAAGAAGCCGCCCUCAAGCGGCCUUGAACUCAUAUCCAAUCACUGUGGUUGACUGACGGAUGAGGCAAGGAUUUGGAAUCUGGCUCUUACCAGAUGGGUCUGGGGGACCACUUCCCUCAUAGAGUCCUUCUGAGGGGUGGAUAGGUUGGCUUAUUGGGGGUGCUUUGUGACAGCUAUGGGUGUGUUUCUUUACAAACCAGAGAAAAUUGUCUCAACCAAGCUUUGAAAUGGA